CCCCUUACUUUAUUUCCCAAACAACAAUUUACCCUUCAAAUUGCACCUCUUUUAAAUUUGCUCCCCCCUAUAACUUACCUCUCAAUUUGCACCCUCCUCAAAUUUGCACCCCCCUUGUUGCCAAACAGAGCGUUCAUCUUCUUCCUUGACUCUCACCCUCUCCGCCUGUCCCAUUUUCAGUCCUCCCUUCCCCUGCUUCUUUUCACCCUCCCCUCACCAUUCUUCUCACCCUCCCCUCACCUCCGCCGCCAACCAAUUACUUUCACCUCCGUUCUUGCAAACCCUCCAACCACGUAACCCUUCUUCUCCCACACCCAUGGGUCUUGCUGUAGAUAUGUGGUGGUUAUGGAUUCAGAUCUAAAAGUGAAGGAGAGAAGGGCGAAGGCAAGAAGAAGCCUGCAUCUGCUCCGACGGCUGCGGCCGGCGAGGGAGAGGAGAAGGACGACGACCGGAAAUGUUGUCUUCAUCUACAAGAUGACAUGCAUCGCCUUUCUCCACUCCUCUUCUGCUCUACGACACCAUCGCUACACCUCCCUUCACCAAUCGUCGCAUCCGUCUUCAGAGGCAUCUCCCAGCAUCAUCUUCCUAUGGUCAUCUGAGUCGUCGUCGCCAUCGGCUUCCUGGGCACCAUCGUCGUCCCAAUCGCCAACAUCACCCAUCGAAUCGACGGCAGUCGAGCCACCAUCGAGAUUUGAUUGGCCAUCGACACUGUCGCCCAAUCUCUAUCACUGCCGCCAACAAGAAAGGGAAAGGUCGAACGGAGAAGUGGGGUUCGCAGCUUAGAUGGAGACAUGGAGUUUUGAGCGAAGGAGAAGAAGAGGAAUCGUGAGAAGAAGAGGAAUCGUUUGUGAAUUGUGAUGGAAAGUUGGGGGUGCUAUUUUUAUUUUUUUAUUUUUAUGGGGAUGGGGUUCUGUUUGGGAAUUGGAAAGAAGUAGUAAAGGAAACCCAAAAGGCAAAAGGUAGAUUUAAUAAUGUAUGACCGGCUAACCGGAUUUCUAACCGAUAACCGGUUGUUCGGUUAGCCGGUUAACCGGUUUAAUUUCGGUACGGUAUUCGACAGUGAUUUGGAGGAAAACGGUAUACCGAUAACCGGUAAGUCGGUAACCGGUUAACCGGUAACCGACCGAUUACCACCCCUAGACACAUAUUUGCCUUUUUUUCACUAAAGCACAUAUUUGCUUGAUUUUCAUUUCUUUUGUCAUUUUUUCUUUCAUUUGGAAUGGACACAUCAUACAUAUUUCUCUUUUUCUUUUAAUCACAUAUAUCACAUAUAUGAGAACCAUUUAGUAACUUUUUUUUAUUUUAUCUUCUUGUUUGCUAUCCUAAAAUCUACAUCUUUGUCUAUAUUUGAUUUUGUCGCUGAUUCAUCUCUUUUUCGAUUAAGUUCAAAUAUAAAGACAACAGGAAAUUUUCUUAUUCUCCAUGGAAAACAUAAGUGUCAUUUGACCAACGACACAAGAUGCUACGUACUUCCUUCAUUUUCCUCUCAUUUCAUUAAAUUUUUAUGACUUUCUUUUUAUAUCCUUUUAUUUUUUGUGACAAAAAUAAUUUCAGUGUUCGUAUUUGGUUUUGCCCCUUUAUUUGUCUCUUAAACGAUUUGCUAGAUCCGAGUACACCCGAAAGGUGGGAGAACGGAGUCACGAUAGUAGUACUCAUUGAGGAACUAGAGAAUCACACUAAUAAAGUCUCAACAAUUCAAAUCAAGUUCCACAACCAAAAAGGAUUUCAAGCUUACUUUUUUGUUUGUUGUUCCCCAAUCUAUACCUAUUCAUUGGUCAUCAAGUUCAUUUUUAUUGUUUGCUUAAAUUUAUUUUAAAAUGAGAUUUCUCAAUCUUAUUCAGUUGCUUAGAUGUUCCUAUUCCUGGAAUCUCUUAACAUGAUUGAUUUUAUUGUCAAUGACUCUUUUUCAUCAAAUGAGAGUUAGGCCUGUAGUUUUUUGAAGUUGUGUUCCUUAAGUAUUAGUUUAUUACCUCUUACAAUCACAUGUAACCUUUCACAUCGCUCGCUUGAUGCGAAACGCAGUGAGCGGGCUUCUCUAGUUGUUCAUAAAAAUAGGAGAAAAGGAUAUAUAUAUAUAUAUAUAUAUAUAUAUAUAUAUAGAGAGAGAGAGAGAGAGAGAGAGAGAGAGAGAACAAGAGAUAGAUAAAUCUGAAAAAUAUAUUUUCAGGGGACAUGCCCAGCCAUAUUAGUCUCAACUCCUUUAAGGAUUCCGGAGCAAGAGCAGUGGUCAGCGUUGCAGUUAGCAAUAAGGGUGUCAUCGGCGCAAGUGUAGACUUCAAGACAAUGUGCAGUUGUUUUGCACGGCCAAACAGUGUCGGCGUCCUCCACGACCGGCGGUGGCCACAAUAGCAUCAUGCCUGAAAAUAAAAGCCACGUACGUCGUAAUUAAAGUUUUUUUGUACAUCACAUCCACAAACUGACUAAUUUAUUAAAAUUUUUAACAAGAAAGGUAUAUGCAUAUUGCCAGAAGAAAAAAAAAAGUUGAAAUUUUUUUGAGCAAAGGAAUCGCUGGAAAUUAAGGAGACAUAGAGGUAGGAAAGAAAGGGUGGAGAGCAAAGGGAAAUGAAGACUUUUUAUCUAU